AUGAUUUUGGUCCGAGAAAUCUAUAAAUCCUUCGGCCCGCUCAGAGCGGUCACCGAUGUCUCCUUCGAGCUCGGAGAGAACCAAGUCGUCGGACUCCUAGGACCCAACGGAGCGGGAAAGAGCACCACAAUCCGCAUGAUGACCGGGUUUUUAGCCCCAGAUCGCGGAUCUAUCUCCAUCGUCGGCUACGACAUCUCGAAACACCCCGCUCAAGCGAAGUCCCAGAUCGGAUAUCUCCCAGAGCAAGCACCGAUCUAUCCAGAAAUGUCUGUGCGUGGAUACCUCAAGCAUCGCGCCAAACUCUUUGGGGUCGAGACCAAAGAAAUCAAAUCAGCUGUGGAUCGAGCGAUGGAUCAGUGCCAUAUCUCAAAUGUCGCCCGCCGGCGUGUUGGUCAGCUGUCAAAGGGCUACAAACAACGCGUCGGACUCGCUGGAGCGUUGAUCCACGAUCCGCCCGUCCUCAUCCUCGACGAACCCACCAACGGCUUGGAUCCCUCGCAAAUCCGGGAAUCCCGCUCGCUCAUCCGCGAUCUGGCGCAAGACAAAACCAUGCUGGUGUGCUCGCACAUUCUCCCUGAGAUCGAGCGCGUCUGCGAUCGAGUGAUGGUCAUGAACCAUGGCCAAAUCCAAGCCGACGGCACCCCCACUGACCUCAUCAAUGCUGCGCCAGGUCCGACCCGAUACACCGUCGAGAUCCGCACGAACCCAUCCGCUGGUAUUGCGCAUGCUUUGCGCGUUCUCGCUGCGGUACCGGGAGUGGAUUCAACCAUCGCGGAUCAGAUCCAGCCCAACGACGCGAGCCGAGGAUGGUGUCGAGUCAUCGUCAACGCGCUCCCGAACGAGGGUGAUCUGAGAGAACCGAUCGCUGGAGCAGCAGAAGAUCAGGGACUGUUCAUCCGCGAACUGUCGCAGCAGAAACAAACACUCGAAACGAUCUUCAUGAGCCUGAUCGAUCCAGCACCGAACCAACCCUCGAUGAUCGGGAGCGGAUGGAUCAUCAUCGCACUGUUUGCCUUUCUUUCCGCUGUGCUCUUUCUCAAUCAGACACUCAUCCCUGGACAGCCCGGCUCGAUGCGGUACUUCUUCAUCGCUUCCGCGUGGUUGUUGAUCCCGAUCGCUCCAGCGAUCUCGAUGCGUCUGAUGUCCGAGGAGUACCGGACUGGAAGCUUUGAGUCGCUCCGCACGACUCCCGCGGGAGAUUGGGCCGUCGCGCUCGGGAAAUUCAUCGGAGCGGUGCUGUUCCUGAUCCUGAUGCUCACGCCGUCGCUGAUCUAUCCGAUCGUGCUCGCGAUUGUGAGCUCACCCGCUCCCGAUGCCGGACCGAUCAUCGCGGGAUACCUGAUGCUGAUCCUCGUCGGAUCGCUCUAUCUGAGCAUCGGACUGCUCGCAUCAUCGCUGACAUCGAGUCAAACACUCGCGUUCCUCGGCACCAUGAUGGCGCUCGUCCUCUUCAUUGUGGUCACUUCAGUCCUCGCGCCGCGCGCGGGAUCAACGCUUUCCCCGAUCCUUGAUCGACUCUCCGUCAUCAGCCGCGCCGGAGAGUUUGGCAAAGGGAUCAUCGACACUGGAACCAUCGCGUUCUUCAUCAUCGGAUGCCUAUGGAUGGUCGCGCUGAGCGCCGCCGUGCUGGAGUCCAAGAGACUGGCGCGCAAACGAUCGAUCCUCAUCGUCAUGGCUUCGUUCUUCGUGCUUACCUCAGGCACAGCCGUGUUCUUCGCCGGAUACCUCACAAGCGAGCACCGAAUCCGCAUUGAUGUCACCUCGACCAGCGCCCACGAGCUCUCCCAGCGUGCUAGCAAUAUGGUCGACGCACUCCCAGGACCAACACGCAUUGUGCUCGCGAUCAAUCAGAGCGAGUCCGACCAACGAGCGCUGGAUCUUGUCUCCGAUGUGCUCGAAACCUACGACCGCUCAUCACCGCUGCUGACCAGCCGUGUGAUCGACCUCGCGACCGCCGACGGCAUCAACCAAACCCAACAACUGAUCAACGAACUCCGCGAUCAGGAAUCUGGCGCAAUCCAAUCGAACCAAGAAACCAUCGAACAAGCAUCCCAGUCGCUGUCUGCUGCGUCCACACACCUCCUCCAGUGCGCCAAAGACCUCCAAUCCAUCCGCGAUGCGAUCGACGGCUCAACAACCGCAGGAGCGACCAAUCGAGCGUUCUUUGAUCAGCGAUCCGCACUCGUUCGUCUCGGAGCUCAGGAUCUGUCCAACGCUUCGACUUCACUCGAAUCCGAUCCAGUCUCUGGGACUGCGAUGCUCGAUGCUCAACUCGCACAGCUGGAAGACCUGCGCAAUCAGCUCAGCGACUUUGCCAAUGCGCCUGAAAUUACUCCAGCCGCUAAAGCCGCUGCUCGCUCAUUGAAUACACGGCUCGACACACUCAUCGAUCAACUCGCCGUGACCUCUGAUCGACUCGCUCGGCUCAUCCCGAUCGACGCGGAUCGCGUUGCGACGGCGCUGGAGACCGGAGAGUCGCUGCUCAUCAUCGGACCUCCAGAGACUGGAAUCGCGGCGAUCGAUCUAGAAACACUUCUCCCACCAACUCAGCUCCUGGAACAAGCCGGGAUCUCUCCGGCAGGGGUCAUCGGACCACGAGCACAAGAACUCAUCGCAUCCGCACUGGCGCAGCUCGUGAUCCAGAAUCAUCCGAUUGUCGUGUUUGUCCACGCGGGAGAGCCGGGACAACUCCUCGGAACUCCUCAGUUGCUCACCAAAACAGUCAAUCACCUCAAACAGCGUGGUAUCGACACCAUCGAGUGGGCACCGCUGCAUGAGAGCGAUCGUCCCUCGCUUGUUGAACUUGAUCCGCUCGGACAACGACCAGUCGUGUUUGUCAUGUUCGCUUCCGAUUCCGCCGCAGGUGGAGGCGAGACGGGCAUCACCGGCGCCAGGCGCGCCACCUCACUCGCAAACAUCGCGCAACAACUCAUUGAUCAAGGCGAAUCGGUCCUGAUCUCCAUGAAUCCUUCGAUCUUUGGAUCGUUCGGAGACACCGAUCCCAUGGUUCGCGUGCUUGAGCCUUUCGGUAUCGUCCCAAAUCCAACCAAAGCACUGCUCUCACAGCGCAUCGUGUCAUCCAAGCGAACAGCGAAUCCAGCAAUGGUUGUGGUUCCAACCAUCGAGGGUGAUCAAGAAACUCAUACCAUCGGAGAAGCCGUGCAAGGUCUCUCGACCAUGCUUCCUUGGUCGAUCCCGAUCAAUAUCGAUCCGCGCGUAGGCGCUCAAGCAACUUCGAUCAUCUCAAUUCAAGGGAACGAACAGAUCAACCGAUCUUCGAAGAGUCCAAAGACAUCCGCCGAGACCAAUGGAUCAUCGCAGCAGGCGCUGAACGGCUCAUCGAUUCCGACGCUCAACGCGUCGUCGUUGUAG